AUGCCUCCUGGUCGAAAAAGUGUUAGUACAAGUAGUAAAUCUUCAUCAUCAACAACUGGACAAAAUUCUCCAUCACAAUUUCUAUUUGAAUGUGGUACUGUUGUGUGGUGUAAAUAUAAAAAAUACCCAUAUUGGCCUGGUAUAAUAUGGGAGAAAGCACAUAAACCAACUCGAACUCUGUAUGAAGUACUUUUCUUUGGAACAUUUAGUCUUGGCUUAGGUAUUGAUCGUAAAUGGUUAGAACCAUAUGAAGGUGUUGCUGAAUUUAAAAAACGUAUUACAGAAUUAAAAGCUUCUGAAGUUCUUGUUAAAAAUAAACCAAGUCAAUACGAUAUGAAUAUAACAAUAGCAAAUUUAGAAUCAUUUCAAGAAGCAAUAAAACAAGCAUCAAAAAUUCUUAAAUGUUCAAAUCCUUCCGAAAGACUUGAAUUAGCUGAUAAUAUGCGUAAAGGUGUAACAUGUGAUUUUUUUCAACUUGAAUUCGACGAUGAUAAUGAUGCUGAUGAUGAAGAAGAUCAUGAUGAAACAAAUUCAAAUAGUGUCGAAGAUUCAAUUCUAUCAAUGCCACCGUUACAAAAUGAUCAACAAUUUAUUCAAACAAUGAUGAGUCAAGGAAAAAGAAAGAGAAAAUUAGAAGAUGAAACAAAUUUAUCAAAUACAAAAAUACGUCGAAUUACUAUUAAAAAUGAACCUGAACAACCAUUAAACAAUUCCCUACCGUCUAUUUUAUUUCGACAUGCAACCGAUCAACCAAUUGUAAUGUGUUCAAAUUUUGUUUGUCAUAGUUUAUCACCAACUGAAGAAACAUUUAUAUUAGAUGCAAUAACACGUUCUGGUCCUGAUUGUACAUUUUUUCAAGCUAAACAAAUAGCUGAAGAAACAUAUUCAAAUAUAAUCUGUGUUAAUAAUUCUAAUCGUUCUUUGCCCGUUAGUGAAGUAUGGUUCUAUUUAUUUUUCUAUCUACAUUUUGAACAAUUAUUUUCAACACAUCUUCAUUGGCUUGAUGAUCUUGAAAAAGCAAAAACAAAUAUUAAUUAUUUAUAUGAACAGCAACAGCAAAUAAUUCGUCUUAUGAAAACUUAUCUUCGUUAA